UGUCCAACCUGAUCCUUACACCAUUGUGCUAUGAAGCCAUCUCCAUGUGGUCUCAGAAUAAAACCCUGAAAAGCAUGGAAAAAUGGGUUCUUCAGAUCCUUUUGCUUUGCCAGGUUAUGGUUGGGACUAUGGGCAACAUCCUUCUGUUUGUCCAUAAUUUCUCUCGAAUCUUGACUGACUCCCGACAGAGGCCCAUACAGGUCAUUCUAACCAACUUGGCUAUGGCCAAUGCAUCCAUGCUCCUUCUCUUGCCAUUUUCAUAUGACAUGAUUGAUUUUGUUCCACGGAAGCCCCCAACUGACCUCAAAUGUAAACUUGGAUACUUCAUUCAUGGGCUGGCUCGAGGCACAAUCAUGUGUUCCACCUGUGCCCUAAGCACCUACCAGUUUGUCACUCUUGUUUCUGGUAGCUGGGCUAGGGUCAUGCUCAGAGAAACAUCCCCCAAGGUUCUAAGUUAUUCUUGUUACAGUUGCUGGUUGUUGAGUGCCUUAAACAAUGCUUAUAUUCCAAUGAAUGUCAGUGGUCCACAGAAAUCACACAAUGACUCUGAUUCUAAAGGCAUGUGGAUCUGCUCCACCUCUGGGUUUAGUGUAGGCAUGAGGUUCUUGAGGUUUUCCCAUGACAUCAUAUUCAUUGGCAUCAUGGUCUGGACCAGUGUCUCCAUGGUGAUUCACCUGAACAGACACCACCAGAGAAUGUACUACAUACAUAACCCCAAUCAGAACAACAGAGGCCAUGCUGAGACCAGAGCAGCCCACACCAUCCUAAUGCUGGUGGUCACAUUUGUUUGCUUAUAUGUUCUAGAUUGUAUUUGUACUUUAUUUCACAUUUCCUUUGUGGACUCUCGUCUCUGGUUGAGGCGUGUCAUAGAACUUCUGGCUCUAAGCUUCCCCACCAUUUCUCCCUUACUGUUGAUCUUUAGGAAUCCUAAGGGUCCUUGUUCUCUGCUCUUCACUGUGGGUCUGGAAAUCCAUAUGACUGGGAAAGCCAUUACAGAGGUCAAAACAUAUCCAAACCUUGAAAAAUCUCAUCUUGACACCCCAGGAAUAAGACUGAUCCUGUCUUGCUCUAGGACUGGAUUUAUCCACACACAGAGCCAGUAAUCCCCCAGCUAUGCCACCCUGAGGUAGUAAUGUAGCCUAGUGGCCAGGAUUUAGGGUAAACUUCAUAUCUCCUUAUAAGAACAUGUCCAGCUAGCACCAGGAGUCCUCUUUAUGCAAAUGAAGCAUUCCCAACACCUCAGCCUCUGUCAAUGAUGUACACUCACCCCAAAAACCCCUACCCACUCCCCAAGAGUUAUAUAGAACAUACCACCCUCAAUAAAGAUGUCUAUUUCACUGAAAACCAUCUUGAGAGAAAUCUGUUUCUCCUGGACUCACACUAGCUGAGAUUCUGCUAACAUGCCUGCACGAAC